GACGACGAUGCGGUCGAGGGCAUUCGGGCAUGAAGCUUAUCCCAGACAGAAUCCCUCAGAGGAUCGACCACGACUCGUUCUGCCCCCAGCAAUGAUCCCCCGGUAGCAACUCUGCGAUCGUCGACAACCCUGCCGACUUGCUUCUAAAGAAGGCCUUCGUGGCCUGUACACCGACGACUCCCCGGCGCUUCGAGGCCUGAUAUCACGCCUCGCUCACGAUCUCUGCGGCUCUUUGGUGUUUCUGGAAACUGCGCAGCUGCGGGGGAGGUCGGCGUUCUUCCUGUUGAUAGUGGCGACAGCGGCGACAGCGGCGACAGCGGCCGAGAGAUCCAGCUGUCGAUUCGAUUGGCGUCAGCAUUGGCACGAGAUUUAUGAUCAUGGCUUCCCCAGCGCGCCGACCUUCUAUCGACAGCAUCACGUCCAAUUCGCCCACACGGUCUCGGAAUGAGAAUUCCUUGUCAGGCAGUAGAUACUCAACAUCUUUCUCCAGGCGCGGGUCGACAGCCAGUUCGAUACAUUCUGUCGGAGGUACCUUGGACACUUCUUUGUACCGGCAUGAUGUGAGCGAAUCUGCUCAGAAUGCCAUAUCGACCCUCCUUCAAGCGCCCAUUGUUCGAACAGGUUUAAUCCCACACACUUCCGCCCCGGCGUCAAGCGCUCAUAGGCCUCCCACUUCCCGAGAUAUUCCCCCGGUCACACUCACGAACAUAACUACUGUCGACCCAGCAGAGUUCAAGCCCUAUCUAACACAGGUAGGGGCUCUAUACGAUGCGUUGCAAAGGGCAAAGGAGAAUGAAGAGGAAGGCGGCACUCAAUUAUUCCGGAAGGGCCCUCAGGUGGAUGAUUUUUCAGAUCUCCUAGAGUCAGAUUCUCGAUCGAGAAAACCGAAUCUAUCAAGGCAGGCUUCGCUCGCCUCCUUGGCAUCUUCGGUUGAAAGUCGUUCACCGAAGAGAAAGUCGUCGAGCGGAUCAGGCAAACGGACAGUACAUGCACUUACGCCCCUAUCAACAAUACCCAAUGUCUAUUUUGACGAAAACUUCCACCUCGAAAACCCGCGUACAUUUGAUAUCGUCAGUGAACGCUCGGAAGUCGUUCGGCAAGCAGCAGGGGCACCGGGUGAGCGCAAAGGAUCAAAUGGAAACGCUGUCGCACCACGAAAAGCCUUGGCUACAAAUGCUAUUCUGCAGGAGAAACUGUCGUGGUAUAUGGAUACAAUCGAGGUUCACUUGAUCUCCUCGAUCUCAACCGCGUCUACGUCCUUCUUCGCAGCUUUGGGCUCGUUGAAGGAUCUCCAUGCGGAGGCUGCAGAUUCAAUAAGCCGCAUAAAAGCCUUGCGUAAAGAGCUUCAAGAGCUCGAUAAGGAAAUGGCUACUGGUGGACUCGAGAUUGUCAAACUGAGACAGAGAAGGGAAAACCUGAAACAGUUGGGCGAUGCAGUGGAACAAUUGAAUCUCAUAGUCGAAGCGGUUAGGAACUGUGAAUCCUUAGUUGAUAGCGGAGAGGUAGAGAAGGCACUGGACGCCAUUGAUGAUCUGGAGAAACUAUUCGCAGGUGAAGAAGGGUCUGGCACGUCCACCAACGGCAUUCGACUUCGCGAUCUCCAAGGGAUAACUGCACUGCAAGGUGUCGCUGAUGAUAUCGAUACCUUACGAUUCCGGAUAGGCAAGGUAUUUGAGAGCAGACUUUUGAACGCUCUAAUUGGCGACCUGAGAAGUCAUGUAGAGUCGGUCUCUGCUCCUGAUACCCUCUCGCGCUGGAGUAGCUCGUCUCAACGAUCCCGAGGAGGUCACAAUCGAGAUCCCUCGGUCUUCCCUGCGUACUUAGCAAUGAGCGAUGAAUUUAGGACGAAGCUCCAAUCAAUUCUGAGUGGCUUGCAUCGCGCUCGACACACCGCACCGGCGACUGCGGCCUUCCGAGAAGCCGUUCUACGGGAGAUACGAAAUAUCAUUCGACGGCCCUUGCCAUCCUCCAACGAUGAUGAUGCAGAUUCUAUGAUGUCGUCCUCGACUAUUGGUGGAGGCCGGCAUAAGACUCAACAAGAAAAGUCUUCUAUACUGGCACGCAAUCUGAGAGCAAUGGAUGCGCAGGAUGCGGAGGACUUGCUACAGAAGAUAUAUAUCGGCAUCGGGGAGACCCUGAGGAGACUGGGUACACAGGUCAAGGUACUGUUGGAUGUGACAAGUACACUUGGAGAUCCUACGUCGCCGUCAGGUAUAGGCUCACCCACUUCCCGAAGUCCGAAUAUGGUAGCAAUUGAUGCCCGAAUGAAUGGUGCCCAAGCAAAGGGCAUCUCUAGCAGAGAAAUCCAAGAAGAGAUGCACCAAACGCUCGAUAUGUCAAAUCUUCUCGGCCAAGCUGUUGACAUUGCCCAAGACAAGAUAGUAAAGGUACUACGUGUACGGGCGGAGCAAAGUACACACCUUUCAGUAGAGAGGUUCUUACGAUACUUCACAUUGAACCUCCUCUUCGCCAAUGAGUGCGAAGCCGUAUCUGGACGAGGGGGAACUACACUUAAAAAUGUGGUAAACGGCCACAUCAAAGACUUUGUGCAACACUUGGCCGAAUCCGAACGACAAAGCCUGGCUUCUGGUAUGGAAGCUGACCUUUGGAAUGCCAAAGACUUUACCGACGAUGAUAAGGAGCAUCUAUCAUGGAUUCUCUCUGCAAGCACACAGGACGUCGAAGCCUGGACUGCCGAUAGUAAGAUAUGGCUUCCUGCUUCUUCCGCCCCUGACACUCUCUCAAACGCCUCAAACGGGACAUCUACUCCCACCCCAGCCUCCACACCCUCCAAAUCCGCUGUGAGACCAGCAGUCAUCGAGUCCGAAUCCUUCCUCCUUCCUGUCUCUGCCAUUCUCUGCCUGCACGGGCUCUCUUCUUUCCUCCACCUUACGACUGGUCUCCCAUCCCUGACUACUGAAGUGGCUUCCAUGAUCAUCUCCUAUCUUUCUCUCUUCAACUCCCGGUGUACGCAACUCAUACUCGGGGCUGGAGCUACGCGUUCCGCGGGUCUCAAAAAUAUCACAACUAAACAUUUAGCGCUCGCUGCUCAAGCAUUAUCCUUUAUAUCAACUCUCAUUCCACAUAUACGGGAAUUCGUCCGUCGACAAGCCAGUUUGGCGACAUCCAUCUCGAACAUCAUGGGCGAAUUCGACAAAGUCAGACGAGCGUACCUCGAGCACCAACAAUCCAUCUACGACAAACUAGUUGACAUCAUGGCCGGCCGCGCCACGGUACACGCUAAAGCUAUGAAGGCGAUCAACUGGGAGGAGGAGGGGAAAGAUGGCGUGAAUCAGUACAUGGAAACUCUGACGAAGGAAACGAGCACAUUGCACAAGGUGCUUAGUAAACACUUACCGGAGGGAACCGUCCGCAUGAUUAUGCAGCCGGUGUUCAAGAGCUACAAGGAGCAAUGGGGAAAGGCCUUUGGAGAUGUGCUGUUGGUCAGUGAAGCUGGCCACAGGAGAAUGCUCCGAGACGCAGAAUACUUCAACACGCGGCUGAGCGCCCUCGACGGCGCCGGCGAUACCGGAGAGUACAUCGUCAACAUCGUCAAAGAGAAAUCCGUCCCCAAAGCCGCGACCGCGGAAGACACAACCGCCACCAACGGCUCGGAACCCGAAGCGAAGCGUUCGUCGGGGGAUUCAAAGGGAGAGGAGAAAUCCGAAGAGAAGGACGCCGAGAAGGCGGCGUAG